UCCGGAAGAGGAGAGACUCCAAUUCUGAGCGCCAUGGCUCCUCCGGCUCCGGGCCCAGCCUCCGGCGGCUCCGGAGAAUUGGACGAGCUCUUCGACGUGAAGAACGCCUUCUACAUCGGCAGCUACCAGCAGUGCAUCAACGAGGCGCAGCGGGUGAAGCUGUCAAGCUCUGAGAAGGAGGUGGAGAGGGACGUCUUCCUGUACCGAGCAUACCUGGCCCAGCGAAAGUAUGGCGUCGUCCUGGACGAGAUCCAGCCCUCCUCAGCACCCGAGCUCCAGGCCGUGCGGACCUUUGCGGAGUACUUGGCCACUGAGAGCCGCAGGGACGCCAUCGUGGCAGAGCUGGACCGGGAGAUGAGCAAGAGUGUGGAUGUGAGCAACACCACCUUUCUGCUCAUGGCAGCUGCCAUCUACCUCCAUGACCAGAACCCCGAUGCCGCGCUACGUGCCCUGCACCAGGGAGACAGCCUGGAGUGCAUGGCCAUGAUGGUGCAGAUCCUCCUCAAGCUGGACCGCCUGGACCUCGCCCGGAAGGAGCUGAAAAAACUGCAGGACCAGGACGAAGAUGCCACUCUGACUCAGCUGGCCACCGCCUGGGUCAACCUGGCUGUGGGCGGUGACAAGCUGCAGGACGCCUACUACAUCUUUCAGGAGCUGGCGGACAAGUGCUCACCCACCGCGCUGCUUCUCAACGGGCAGGCUGCUGGCCACAUGGCACAGGGCCGCUGGGAGGCUGCUGAGGCCGUCCUGCAGGAGGCGUUGGACAAGGACAGCAGCCACCCGGAGACUCUGGUGAACCUCGUGGUCCUGUCGCAGCAUGUGGGCAAGGCCCCAGAGGUGACAAAUCGCUACCUGUCCCAGCUGAAGGACGGCCAUCGGCACCACCCCUUCAUCAAGGAGUACCAGGUCAAGGAGAACGACUUCGACCGGCUGGCCCUGCAGUACACACCCAGUGCCUGAGCCCCCCUAUGCCCACUCCCCUCCAUGGGCCAAUAAACAUCCCGGCUCUGCUGUGUCCUCACCUG